CACGAUUUUUUUGCAUUUCUGGGAGCUAAGGAACCCCGACCCUUGCCCCUGACCCCUGUAUGCAAGGCGAGCUUUAGGGUCUCAAAGCUGUUGUCUCGGAACAUGCACAAGAUAAACAUGGGACGUUUUGGUUGGAACAUCGGUUCGUUCCCGUGAGUGUACCGGCCCGAGCUUGAAUUUCCCGAAUAGAAGCGCUCGUUGUACUGCUAAGGGUAGUAUUUUGAUUUAUAUAGGAUUGAGGGGUUGGUUGAAGCUCUCGUUGGAAACGGACGUUGGUAUGAACACCCCGGUUUAUUGGUUUCGCAAGGUUUCAUCGUCCCAUAUCCGGUAACCCAUGUUGCAGUCGUGGUACUCCCCACGAGGCUUUGGGGGGGAUCGGGUGGGAUCCCGUUCCUUGCUUCCGCCCCCAAACAAAUGCAAAUUCUUUCUGCUUUUUUAUCUAAAACUGAACUCCCACUCCGCCACGAGCAUAUGCAGGGAGCUUCGCAAGUUACGAGUGUGUUUCCUCUUCUGGGCCUGGUAACGUAGCUCCUCGAGGGUCUCUUCGUGGGGUCCAAGGAGUUCAAUAUAGAUAUGAGCAUGAUGUUUCGCAAAAGAAUUGUAUAUUCUCUUGCUUGCUAGAGUUCAUCUUCAUAAACGUCAUACACAUCAAAAGUCCAUAUCCUCAAAAUGAGGUCGUCUACCAUCUUCGGUUGGGCGACAGCUAUUAGCGCUAUUUCAGCUUCUACUUCCUCACCAAAUAUCGCAGUCGAUGUGCGAGAUACACCAGGCGUAUCACACGCAGAUACUCUACGGGCAUUACGGCGGUCCCUCGUGAAUCUUCAAUAUCAAAAGAGAGACACGGUGCUGAAGAACAGCACCACUUUAGAUAAAAGCUGGAAUGGCGCAACUCUGCUUAGCAUAGAGGGCCAAGCCAAUACCCAAAAUAAUGUCUCGUUGAGUGCUGGUGUGGACAUUACGUGUACUACUUGUUACAUCAAAGGUACUGCGACAGCAGAGUUUGAAGUCAACGGCGACUUCAAUGCUACCCAGGCAAUCCAGAACUUCACGAGUGAGGUUCACGAUGAGAUUUCCAACGUCACGGGUGAAGUCAUCGAUUCCGUCGAAAACUAUUUCAAAACCGUAGUCAAUAAUCUCGAGGAUGGCUUCGAUCUAAGCGACUUCGACUUCCCUCCCAUCAAUGCAUCAUUUAACGUGGAUGUACCGGACAUACCUGAAUGCCAUCUUCAGUUCAAUUUCGAUGGUUUGGAGUUGUACAUGCUUAUCGACACCGUUUUAUCGGCUGGGGCCACGUACGACUUGAAUCUCUACUCAUCGAACACGCCCAUCGGAAUCUCCGCCGGCAAAGACCUAUUUCUUGGUGUUGUUUUCGCGAUUGACUUGAUCCUAAGCGCGGACGCCGAGAUCGACAUCAGUAGCGGAAUCCAUAUCAAACUUGAAGAUGGCGUCGGUCUUGACAUGACGCUAUUUGGUCAGAAUGUCUCAAGUAUUACCUUCAACGGUGCCAACUUCGAGUUCCUUCCGGUAACGAUUGAAAGUGCGGGCGGUCUUCUAAAGGCCGUACUACGUGUCGCUGUCAAAGCAGGGUUCGAGGUAUCAACGCCCCCAGUCGCGAUUCCGAGUACUACCUUCUCAACCAAAGCAAGUGCUGGCGUUGGUGUGAGCGUGUGGGCGGAUAUUGCCGAGUUCGCGACCAACGUUACCGCAGCUCCUGAAGGCGAUGAUCAAGAUUGUUCUUUGAAGGUUGAGCAAUCGUAUCAAUUCGGACUCGGCGCCGCUGCUGGAGCUACCCUCGCUAUCGGUGUUGAAACAUGGGGUCCCGCUCCCAAUACCAACAUACCCAUUUUUUACACAACCAUAGCCGAUGUAUGUGCUAAGAGUCGUCCUCAAACCACCACUGCGUCUACUCCGGCGGUCACAGCUAGGGCCGACGAGGAACUUUCAACAACUACUCUCACUACUAAGGUUACCUUCACAGGCACAGGAUGCUUGACUACUGGCUUAGUCAACUGCCCAGUAUCCUCUCAGAGUACUACCAAAGUGACAAGCACGAUGACACUCGUCACUGCAGUGCCUUCAGGAGCCGAUGUUUCAUUCCCAGAGUCCAUCGGAACUAGCGCCAGUCUCGUCCCAUUUGGCACUAACAUGAAGUCCGUCGAUGCUACAACGGGUUCUCCCGUAUCAUAUACACCACCUCCACCGACAGCUUCAAACGAGGCGGGUGUUUCUAGCGAGCACCCAUUAGGCGAAGUCAACGGUGUUGAUAAGAGGAUCAUCAUUGGCGUCAGUGUUGGUGUUGGUGUCCCAGUGAUCGCCGCUAUUAUUGUCGGCAUUUUCUUUUGCCAGAAACGCAGAAAGUACUCAGCGGUAUCCAGGAGCGAUCCGGUCUAUCUCGGCGCGCCUCAACCGUACUCCGGGGCCAACGGCAGCCAAAUGAAAACAAAUAUGGCUACAGUAUCGUCAAGGAGUCGCUAAUUCUCCAAUACCGGCAAAAUUUCCUAAUUUUUUUUUAUUUCUUUAUGAUAAGACCAUGGUCUGCUUUACGGCGUUCUGAGAUAUCCCAUGAUUUAUGAGGUGGGCAGCGACGGAAAUUUCCCGAUUGUCAUCUGUACUAUUACACACAACCCCUUCGAUUAGCCCUCGCAUUUAGGCUUCAUCCAACUAAGAUAUAUAUUCUUCAAUAAGCGUUUCUUUCUGUUGUUGCUGAUUUAAACCUUUGUUACCAUUGCCGAACACAUUUCCGAGUCUAUUUCCGUACCUAGACACCAGACAUGAUAAUCUUCAUGUAUUAGGUAAAGUCUAGGAAAAGUUGCAUUCAAGCCACUUUACGGUUAGUCUCCGAAAACAUCAAUUACUCACUUCGGAUACCUUGUGAGUUUAUAUACGGGGAAUCAAUUGUAAUGGAAUCUCCAUUGGUUUAUUUUAGGUUCAUUGUUACAACAUGAAGACGUCAUUAGCAUAUUUUGUUUGUUGAUACUCAAUAGCGUCAUGAACCAUGAUCGCGGGGAAGAGAAUUGGAUGAACAGGGUAUAUAUCGAUGAUCCGUCGUCCUAGACAUGCGAUGCGAGACGUGGUAGAACACUAGGUAUUUUUAUUGAGAUAGAAUUAUUCAAAACGUCUUGAUUCUUGCAGGUAUCACUUCUGUUGGCUAGAUUAAAGGGC